AAACAAUAUCCUGUGUUCUGAUGCUUAGCAUACUUAGAAAGGUCAGAGUGUUGGAGCGACAGCUGGUGCAGAGAGACUUUUUCUUUUUUCUCCUUUAAUGUGUGAUGGAGUCUGGUUUUCUCACCUUCAUUCUUGUUUCUUCUUUUGCAGUAUAUUCCUCUCACACUAACACCAGAGCAUGGGAUGAUGUUAUGGUGGCUAGAGAGGACAUGCCUACCACCUUGAUCUGUACUGAUACAGUGAGGGGUGCUGUAGCCAUUAACUGGAAGGUGAAGUCACUUGGUGCGGAUGAAUGGAAACUGGUUCUCUCAGCCAACGAAAGGAACGAGUUCUCCGGUGGUGCCUCGAAGGCAUCCAUGCGAUUGACUGACCCGAAAUUUCAAGACACCGGGGUUUUCUCUCUGUUCUUUUAUCCCAAAAUGGAGGACAGCGGCCUCUACUCAUGCUUGAUAAAGCAGCAAGAGAGGAAAGUGAAGGAGAGAAUUAUCCUCUUAGCUGUCCUCACAGUCACUGUCGUCCCUGCUGCACCCAUUUUGCAGCAAAGCACCCUGCGUCUGAUCGCCAGUGUAACUCCUGACUUUGCCAUCUCCAACAUUACCUGGACAGCACCUGGUGGCAUUUCCUUGAAGAGUGAGAGGAAGCCAAAAACAGGCACAGUGGCCAAACUGCCACAGGUCCAGAUGAGCGACAGCGGGACUUAUGUCUGUACGGUUUGCUCUCGGGGUAGCAGCAGCAAAACUCUUUUUACCUUCGAUGUGGACGUGGAUGUUGAUGCUAACAAUGUGGCCUCAUUGGCCCAUAUAACACAUGGCCCUGAGAUCUCCACUGCCACUCAGGCUCACACAUCCUUCAUCCUAACCUGUCCUGGUGUCAAGGGGGACUACGUGCUGCUCUACUGGCAACCUGCAGACUCCAAGAGUCAAAGGAAUAUGAAGCUGGUGUACAAGUAUGACCGGUGGAGGGAUUUCAAGUCAGAGCAAAGCAAGAGACUCCGCCUUGCGGGCCCACCCUACAACGCAGAGGUUGGAAGUUUCUCCUUUACGCUCACACCUGAGUUGAAAGAUGGUGGCCUCUACAUCUGUGACGUGUUCCUCAAUGACAGUGCCUUCAGCCAGAGGACUCGUCUCAGUGUGAUGAAAGUUAAAGCCAGCCGCUCUUCCUCAAAACUGGAAUUGGAAUUGGGUUGCUUUUACUCCGAGGUGUCCCAGGUCCAAAGCGCAACGUGGAAGUACCAGGAUAAGAGUCGCCAGCUGCAAAUGUUAAGCAAAGGCCCUGGCAGCCUCACCACCAUUCUGCCCAUACCCAUCACCUCCAACACAGCCGGGAACUACACCUGCACCCUACAGCUGAAGAAUGGACAGACUGUCUGGGCAACACAAGCUGUAACACUGCCCCAUGUUGGGAGGGAUGAGAGUGUCAGUGUGACCACCCCCUCUCCCCCUCUCCCCUCUCUGCUCCCUUCUCUCUCUGCUUUAUUACUCCUGGUGCCCCUGGUUGCUGCGGCUGUCUGUGUGUUGCUAUGGAGACAGAAACACAUUUCUAACCGCGGUAUUGAGCAGUCUCUGUCUGUCCACUCGGGUGAAACAGAAAAUGUCUAUGAGAAUCCUGAGGAUUUCAGACAGGCUCCUCCCGAGGGUUCAGUCUACAUGGAUUUGAAACCGAGAGGAGAGGAUGAUGUCUACAAGGAACUGGAGCGAUGCGAACAGUGUCAGAGCUGAUCACCUACAGACAUCUCAUUCUCAUCCAGCUGUCAUAUCCACUCAGUUCCCAGCUGCAGCAGACGGCCUUCAUAAACAAAAGUAACAACUCAAUGUCAGACUUCGGCUGUGAAGAAAAACUUCUACGCUUUAGGGAAAUGCAAGUCAAUCGUUUGAGCGGCUUUUGCAUUCUCACCAGUUGCUCAUUAUAAGUUCUUGAUUACUGAUUUGCUUUAAUAUCAUGUUUUGGUGUUGUAGAUAGAGAGGGGAAGCAAAAAGAGUUUCACAUAAAGAUCUAAACCUUGUCCCAGAUGCGAGAAGUUGUGUGGUCUUUUACACUUGUUUUCAUGACAAUUUGUUUUAAUUUCUUGAGCAUUUGAGAUGAUAUCUAUU